UGCUCUGGCCACCACAUGUCUUGGCUACCACCUGUCUCAGCCAACAUAGCUGCUCACCCCUCAGGUGGGCUGUCUGCCCCUCCCCUGCCUUUAAGCAUCCCUCACAGGGAGAGGAAUCUCCUCCUCGAGGUCAGGGUGAAGGAGAGACCCUGGAGGCGGUCAUGUGGGGGCGCGGGGCUGCCAGUCAGGGUAGCAGAAGGCAGAUGGGAAGGAUGUGUAUAUACUCCCCCCGGCCCCCUCCAAGGUAUCCGGAUCAUCAUGAGCACCGUGAGGGCAUGGCAUAUCAGCAUGGUCUGGAGCGGAGUGUAUGUAUGUGGGGGCAUGUUCUUUCGAGGCCACACAAAGCCUUGUGCUGAGACCUCGCAUUCCAGCUGGCUGGCUUCCUGUUCCAGACACAUUCCUGCCCUGGAGUCACCGGGGAGAUUGCUGCUUGGAAUUUGGCUCCACAUCCUCCACGUUCAGGAUGGGGCUGGCGAGAGGCUGGCGCGAGGGUGUGCAGUGCCUGGAGUCACCAGCUCCUUCAGACGGAUCCCGGACGCCCGCGGAGAGGCAUCGUUGGACUCCCGGGAAGGGGAUGGCGAACUGAAAGGUCUCCGGAGGCAGAUGCCACUCCUCAAACUGGCCUUCCUGGGCUCCGGAGUGGAGAUGGCCGUGGGGGACAGCUCCCGGGCCACCUCUCCACGCCUGUCCCAGGACUCCCUGGACAUGGAGCCUGUGGGGAGCCCUGAGCCCCCGGCCUUGCCCAUGGAGCCUUCUGCCCACCCGGGCCGGCUGCUGGCCAGCCAGAAGCUAGAGCGGGUGCUGGAGCGGUCCGGCCGGCUCCCGGCUUCCCCUGCCAGCUUGGUACAUCACCGCCGCUCCCUGCCGCCUAUGAGGCCUGAGUAUGACGUGCCCCCUUUUGGAGCAAGGGACCAGAGGGCCACCACGGCAGACACUGACCUGGAGGCAGGCCUGGAAGAAGCAGAGGUGGUGAGGGGCACGGGGCCCGAAGCCGGGGCCUGCCCUCCCGGACAGGGUCUUCGCUACCUGGAGCACCUGUGCCUGGUGCUGGAGCAGAUGGUGAGGCUGCAGCAGCUCCACCUGCAGCUGCAAACCCAGAGGCCCCCUGGGGUGAGCGAGCCGCCUGGUGGUCAGGGCCCCGUGGAGGAGGAGGAGUUGACUGUGGCUCCUUCACCUCCACCCUCUCAUGCCCCAGGCAGUGAGGUGCGGGGGUCAUGGGAACUGCACAGCCAGGCUUCGGAGACAGGCGAAGGAAGAGCUUCACUCCCAAUGGUAGGGGUGCCCAGUGCCAACCCUUUCAGGCUGUCCGGAGUCCCAGCAGAACGAGCUCACACCUUUCAGCCCUCCCAGAGUCACAGACAGGAUCUCUCCCACUGGAACAAGAUCAAGGUCCUUCUCAAUCGGAUUUGCUGGAAGAGCCCUCAACACCCUGAGCCUCCCGCCCCUCCUCGUGGCCCUGCUUCCAGAGUUGAUUCAAGGGACCUUCCAUGUCGUCCCCUCAGGAAGACCUUUAUGCCAUCAUUAGUGGUGAAGAAGCAACGAGCAAAAAACCUUUCUUUGUCCUGAGACCUCCUGGUGCAGGGACAUGACACUGCCGGAGGUGUGCAGUGAAGUCUUCUUUGCCUUUGGCCCCAUUGCUGUUUUUGGGCACUGCCAGGAAAAGCUGCUGAUGCUCACGUGUUUCUCCUCUGAGCAGCUCGGCAGAGGAGCCCUGGUUCCCUGGGAGACCCCGAGGUGUGGCUCCCGGGCGCCCUUCUGGCUGCCAGAAACCCCUGAACCCAGGGAGUGCUUUUGGCAUGGUGACCUGUUGGGGUCCAGUGUGUUGCAGAUGUGUAUGUAUGCAACAUGAUACACACGUAUCUCUGUUGUGAACUGAUUGGAUUCAACCAUCUCUCCUGAAUCACACACUCAAAAGGCUGGUCUUCUGUGGGGUAACUGCUGAAGGAUGGAACUGACCUUCAUUCCUCAGCGGAUGGUUACUGCUCCUGGAGUCCUGCCUUGCUCUGCAUACCUGUAUUGGAAGCCCCAGGACCAGAUGGGUGUCUUUGCUUUAAGUCUUGCCCCUAGAGCAGAGAUCCUGAAGACUGCACCAGGAAUGAGAGGGUUAGGGAAAACGGGGAAUAGCAGAGUACGCUUUGUUAGGUGUUUUGCUUCCUAUUAGCCUUUACACCUCAGAGCUGAAACCAGAGGCCCACACUAGCUUUUACAUCUUCACAAAAUCCCUUAACUUGUCUGAGCCAUAGCUUCCCAGUUAAUCUCCCAAAUGGUAUAAAGACGCUUGACCUACCUACCUCACAGGCUUGUUUUGAGGAUAAAAUUAGAUUAAACUGUCUCAAAGAG